AUGGACAACGAGGGAAGAACGGUGCUCAGUACUGCCGCAGCACAAGGUAACGUGGAAGUGGUCCGUCAACUAUUGGAUCGGGGUUUGGAUGAACAUCACAGGGAUAACUCUGGAUGGACUCCACUGCAUUAUGCUGCUUUUGAAGGUCACAUAGAAGUUUGCGAAGCCCUUCUAGAGGCUGGGGCGAAGGUUGACGAGGCUGACAACGAUGGCAAAGGAGCCCUAAUGCUCGCCGCUCAAGAGGGACACACGGCCCUCGUGCAGACCCUCAUAGAUGACUGGGGUGCACCAGUAGAUCAGCAUGCACAUGACGGGAAAACAGCGCUCAGAUUGGCAGCGUUGGAAGGUCACUUCGACACAGUACGGGCAUUACAUUCGCGCGGCGCAGACGUGGACGCUCUAGACGCGGACAGAAGGAGCACCCUGUACGUGCUCGCGUUAGACAAUAGACUCGCUAUGGCGCGCUUCUUACUGAGGGAGUGUGGCGCUAGUGUCGCCGCUGCUGAUAUUGAGGGUCGGACACCAUUACACGUGUCAGCUUGGCAAGGUCACACGGACAUGGUUAAUCUGCUCAUAAAAGUAGGGGGCGCGGCGGUGGACGGUCGCGACCGUUGCGGUCGCACAGCGUUGCACGCGGCGUCGUGGCGCGGCCGCUGCGGGGUGUUGAGGGCCCUGCUGCAGCGUGGCGCUGAUCCUGCCGCUGUUUGCACGCAGGGUGCCACGCCUCUAGGUAUCGCUGCACAAGAAGGACACGAGGAAUGCGUACUUUGGUUAUUACAACACGGCGCUGAUCCAACACAAGCUGAUCAUUGUGGCAGGACUCCAGCGAAGGUAGCGUGGCGUGCAGGUCACGCGCACAUAUGUAGAGUGUUGGAGCGAUGGGCCUCCGCCCCCGUGCCUAGCGCUCCGCCCCCUGCGCCAACGUCAACGUCUAUCCAACCACCCGCUGGCUCGCCGGAGUACAAAAGACGUAGCGUUCAUAGUUCGAACUCGACAAAGUCCUCAUCAAAUAUGACAGGCGGCUCUGGAAGAUCACACGACCAACAAGAUGAUACGAACGAUAAGGCAAACCGAGCGAAUCUGUCUCUCACAUUCGCACAGCAAGUGGCACGUUGUGGGCGUGGCCGCAGAGAAAAAGAGAGGGAAUGUGUUAUACCAGAACAUUACCCGCUAGAAAAAGACAGCAAAUUAAGAAGUUACCUGUCCGGUGACAGGGAUUGCAGCAGUCCGUUAUACGCAUCCCCACCUCACAGUCCAACCGAGUUGUGCAGUCCAACACAACACAACAACACAUUUGGAUCACAACCACCAAGUUUAACAUCCAUGCAGCCGAUACUGACUGAUACUCAUUUCAACCGUGACACACACAUGAGGAUAAUACUGGGCAGGGAUAGUAAACCUGUCGAUAGGAAUGAUAGUAAAAGCAAGAGGAAUGGCAUUGUGACUAAUCCCGCGAUGCGUCUAGUCGCCAACGUACGAAACGGGCUUGAUAGUGCAGCAGCCAAUAUACGUCGCACUGGAGUAGCUUUAGCUGCAAGCGCUAGUUCCGCCAACCCUGCCGUGAAAACCAACGCGUUCCAAUGGAGGAAAGAGACGCCGCUAUGA